CGUCCGCCGUCGUCGCAGUACGGAGCCCCGUCGCAGGGUCCACCUUCCUCUCAGUACGGAGCCCCGUCGCAGGGUCCUCCCUCAUCCCAGUACGGAGCCCCAUCGCAGGGUCCUCCCUCAUCCCAGUACGGUGCUCCGUCGCAGGGUCCGCCUUCAUCCCAGUACGGAGCCCCAUCGCAGGGUCCUCCCUCCUCGCAGUACGGUGCUCCGGCUCCUUCCCGCCCAUCGUCCCAGUACGGUGCCCCGGCGCAGACUCCCUCGAGCCAGUAUGGAGCCCCGUCCCAGACGCCAUCGUCUCAGUACGGUGCCCCAGCACCUCGACCACCAUCGUCCCAGUACGGAGCCCCUUCCCAGCCUCCAUCUAGCCAAUAUGGAGCUCCUUCCGCUCAAGCCCCAUCGAGCCAGUAUGGUGCUCCUGCCCAGACCCCGUCCAGUCAGUAUGGCGCUCCAUCCCAGCCUCCAUCUAGCCAGUACGGCGCUCCGGCUAGGCCUCCUUCUAGCCAGUAUGGAGCUCCUUCCCAGACUCCCUCGAGCCAGUACGGAGCUCCCAGCUUCGGUGGUGGCUCCUCGUUCGGCGGCGGCGGCGGUGGCAACGGUUUCAGCGGCGGCAGCUACCAGGCCGGCUCGAGCGGUAACGGAUUCUCGCAGGCCUCGUUCUCGGCCAGCACCUUCUCCUCGAACGGCCGAUCGUCGCACUCGGGCGGUGGCUACAGUUCCGGCGGUCCUUCCGGUGGUCCGUCACAUUCCGGCGGCGGUGGCUACAGUUCCGGUGGCCCACAGCAGGUCCCGGCCACACUGCCCCAGGCGUACUCCCCGAACGGAGGCUACAACUACUGAGCUUCGGGGCCCGGCUCGUGGAGGUGCCACAUUCACCAUGACCAAUUACGACUCUCGCCCGCAGCCACCACGCCAACCGGAUCUUCAUGUGGAACAUGCAGCAAAUACGUGCCUUAUUUAAGCUAAAUGUUAGUGUACCCGUUUGUGUUCCCCUCGUCAACGCGUCUCACGGAAGGACUCCGCGCGUAGGUGCGUCCUGCGCGAUCGACGAACGCCCCAACGAACGCCGUAGGAGCGGUACUUAAAUUAUUACAUGUGUUCAACGUUACACCGCCACCGCCGUUACUUGUUUUCUAAUUUUACGCAAAGUCCAGACGUAAAACGUGUACCCGACGCCCGAGGCCGACCAGGCUGGCAGACAACCGGAGAGGAGCAGAUUUCAAGGUUCGGCCCCCAAGACAGCGCGGCUAGAGUACGGGGGGCGAUGGUUUGUCCAAAAUUUUUGUCAAGCAAAAUUGUGGAGCAAGCUUUAACCCCCGGGGGGCGGCCUCGGGGGCUGACGGCGAUGAAGGAUAAGGCACUAGGCCGCGUGGGCUGUGGCGGAACCUACCAGAUCGAAAUAAAGUGUAAU